CUUAGUUUUCUCCGAAAAUGCACGGAUUAGUAGCACUGUUGGCCUGCCUGGCUGUGGGCAGUGCCUGGGCAGGGACUGUCAGCGUCGCUCGCAGUCCCUUCGCGCGAGAGGGUCGCAUAGUGGGCGGCGAGGACACCACUAUACAGGCCCAUCCCUACCAGGUGUCGCUGCAGACAAAGCGUGGCUCCCACUUUUGCGGAGGCAGCUUGGUCAACAAGAACACCGUGGUGACUGCGGCUCAUUGUCUGCAGGGCCGCACGGCCUCCAAGGUCUAUGUCCGCCUCGGUUCCACGCUGUACAAUGAGGGGGGACUGGUGGUGUCGGUCCGAGUGCUGGCAUACAACGAGAAAUACAGCUCCAGCACCAUGGAGUUUGAUGUGGGAAUCUUGAAGCUGGCCGAGGACGUUGAGGAGACAGAAGAUAUCCGGUACAUAGAGCUGGCCAAAGAGACGCCAGCCACGGGCACGCCAGCCAUUGUCACUGGGUGGGGAUCUAAGUGCUACUUCUGGUGCAUGACCCUGCCAAAGGUUCUUCAGGCAGUGACCGUAUACAUCGUGGACUGGCAGUUGUGUGCCUCGGAUGAGUACAAGUACGGCGAGAUCAUCUACGACACCAUGGUAUGUGCCUACGAAAAGAAGAAGGAUGCCUGCCAGGGCGACUCCGGUGGUCCUCUGGUGGCCGAGAACAAGCUCGUGGGCAUUGUGUCCUGGGGCUAUGGCUGCGCCUCAAAUCUGCUGCCCGGCGUCUAUGCCAGUGUGCCCGCUCUGCGUGAUUGGAUCGUUGAGAAUGCCGAAAGUCUGUAGUUCUUUCAAUAGCUCAUUGUUUGGUAUAGUUCGUUCCGAAUCAUGUAUACUUUCAGGGGUUCCACAGAAUUCCAGUACCUAAGAGAUUAAAAAUCAAUCAGAAAGCUCUCUAAAGCUAA